CGCGUAUCCACAGUACUUUCUUUGAAACUAUUAAAUUCAAUAUCUAAAUUCCAGUCCAAAUGUUGGAUUUUGAUUUCUUAAGUUUCCAGCACACGAAACCACACCACCACUUAAAAGACCCGACUUCUCCCUUUCUAAAUUUCUUCAUUUCUUUUUCCUCUUCAAUAAAAUCCAUUCAACAUCUCUCAACCAAACAAAAAAUUCUCAUAAAUUCUUGUUUUUACCAGAAACCCAUUUCAUUUCAAUCCAUUUUCAUUUCUGGGUUUUGUUUCUUUUCCCCAGUGGAUGUUUGUGUUUGACCAAUCAACAACAAGAACAAGUAGCUAGCUUAGUAGUUGCUAUGCUGUCCAAAUUUUCAAUCUUUUUGGUUUUUGUUCUACUCUUUUCUCCCAUUUUUGAAGCAGUUGCUUUCAAGAAGCAUGGCAAUAUUACUGGUAUUGAGUUACCUAAUCAUCACAUGAGUUUCAAUGCAGUUUCAUCUUCAUCAUCUAUGCAAAACACAGAUUGCAGCCUCUCAAAUUCGAAGAAAGACCAAAACUUUCACUCAGUUGGCUCACAAGAAAAUGAAGAUGUUCAAGACUCUAAGCAAACUGUGAAACUUGACUUAAAACACAGAUGGUUAAACCAAAAAUCCGACACUAAAAGCUCGUUCAUAGCUUCAAGAACGCGAGAUUUAACAAGAAUUCAGACUCUACACAAGAGAAUUACAGAGAAGAAGAAUCAAAGUGCCAUUUCAAGACUAAACAAAGAUAACAAUAAUAAACAGAAUCAGAAUCAGAAGCAGCAGCAGCAGCCUGUAAUUGCCCCAUCUCCGGAGGCAAAUGGGCUCUCAGGGCAGCUCAUGGCUACUCUAGAAUCAGGAGUGAGUCUUGGUUCAGGAGAGUAUUUCAUGGACGUUUUCAUCGGUACACCUCCUAAACACUUCUCUUUAAUUCUUGACACUGGUAGUGAUUUAAAUUGGAUUCAAUCUGUUCCUUGUUAUGAUUGUUUUGAGCAAACUGGCCCUUACUAUGAUCCUAAAGACUCGUCUUCUUUUAGCCAUAUAACCUGUAAUGAUCCCAAGUGCAAUUUAGUUUCAUCUCCUGAUCCUCCUCAACCCUGCAAAUCUAGCAACCAAACAUGUCCAUAUUUUUACUGGUACGGGGACAGCUCAAAUACUACCGGGGAUUUUGCUUUAGAAACGUUUACUGUUAAUUUAACAUCAUCAGCGGGAAAAUCUGAGUUUAAACGAGUUAAGAAUGUAAUGUUCGGCUGCGGACAUUGGAACCGCGGCCUGUUCCACGGGGCAGCAGGACUGUUGGGGCUUGGGAGAGGGCCGCUUUCGUUUUCGUCGCAGCUUCAGUCUCUUUACGGCCAUUCAUUUUCGUACUGUUUAGUUGAUAGGAAUAGUGAUGCUAAUGUUAGUAGUAAAUUGAUUUUUGGUGAGGAUAAGAAUCUUAUGAAUCACCCGGAACUAAAUUUUACAUCUUUUGUUGGUGGAAAAGAUAACCCGGUUGAUACAUUUUAUUAUGUUCAAAUCAAAUCGAUUAUAAUCGGUGGAGAGAUCCUGAAUAUACCUGAGCAGACUUGGAAUUUGUCUGCUGAAGGCUCUGGUGGUACAAUUGUUGAUUCUGGUACAACUCUGAGUUACUUUGCAGAGCCAGCUUAUGAGAUUAUUAGAGAUAAGUUUAUUGAGAAGAUUAAAGGGUAUCCGAUUCUGAAGGAUUUUCCGAUUUUGAAUCCUUGUUAUAAUGUUUCCGGUGUUGAGAGGAUGGAACUGCCUGAAUUUGGAAUCAUUUUUCGAGAUGGAGCAGUGUGGAAUUUUCCUGUUGAGAAUUACUUUAUCAGGCUUGAUCCUGAGGAAGUUGUUUGCUUGGCAAUUCUCGGGACUCCUCGUUCCGCUCUUUCGAUAAUUGGGAAUUAUCAGCAGCAGAAUUUUCAUAUUCUGUAUGAUACAAAGAAGUCUAGACUGGGGUAUGCUCCAAUGAAUUGUGCAGAAGUUUGACUGUAGUGUUGCCGUAACCAAUGGUCUCCAAGUUUUGGUUUUCCUUUGAAAUUAGAAGAGUACAGAAACAAACUUAGAUUCAUUAUUUGAUUCAAUACACUUAGCUUAAGUUAGCUGUAAAAUCAUAGACAUGAUUAUGAUCUGCCUUACAAAAAAAAUGUAACAAUACAUUUUAUGCAAUUUUUCAUUUUUCCUAA